AUGCCUAGACGACAGGGUCGCCUGGUUGUCCUACCACCUACUGAGAGUGACGGACAAUUAGGCAGUGCCCCAGUCGGCAAUGCUGAUCAAUCCAAAGCUCGAGGGUGGUUGUGUAGACGUCACGACGAGGCUGCUCGCUUCGCGUCGACUCUGAAAAUCCUUUCGUACAAGUCUACCAUCAUUCACUUCUAUCCCCUGGUGCUUCUCACACUGCUUCUACCCAGUACCCCCGCCAUGGAAGUCCGACUGAGCACAAAGACAGUGAUAAAGCAAGCGACAAUCACCAGCGGUCCCGAGAUCAACAAUCAACGGUUUCAGAGGUGGCAUAUACACAGCCGUGAUGGGUCCAUGGUAGGGAUUUCUUCUGUCAGAUUAUGUCCGUCUUUGACCAAUUCCCCAUCAAUGAUGCACCCGUUCAUUCGCAAAUCAUCUGCAGACACAUCAGACUGGGCAGCUAUUUCCAUAUACAGGACCGUGUGUUCCACCUCAUUAAGUUCGUCAACCUGGCGAAAGUCUAUUCAUGGGCUAAAUCUGUCAGCAACUUUGCUAACCACGGUCACCGCGUCGGCCUCCUCAGCACUAGAGCUUGCUAGCAGUACCGCUAUUGGCGCGCAGUCUCCAUCGCCAUCAUCUGCCCGUUUCAAUGUUGGGUUCAGCCCUGCAACAAAUACCAUGGCCACUUCUACUGCGAGCCCAUCUUCUACAGCAGAUCCGAUCCCAUCCAGAGCAUGGAUCGCAGGCGUAGUCGCCGGCCCUAUACUGGGUCUUGCCCUGGUCGCCUUCUUUGUAUGGCAAGUUUUCCGCUCUAAAAGAAAACGUCAACAGAAUACCACUUACAAACACGGUUACCACACUGGCAGGCAACGCCUACGGCCAGUGCAGUAUCCGACGGAGGAUGGGAGCUAUCUAUGGGGAAGCAUCGCCAAGAGGCUAAGCCCAUUCAGAAUCACACGUGACCAAAGCAUUCAUGUCACAGCAGCCAGGACGCUCCUCAGGAAGCCUGGCCACCUUCUGAUCACAAGACGUACCACGCGUAUAACAGCCAACAAGAGGUGCAUGAAAUGUAUGCCGAUCACCCUACUGAUGAUCCACAAGAACUUCCAGGAGAUGAAUGUAUAA